ACAUAAUAAAACAAUCCAUUUCCAUUCACUCCUUGACCACACAAAUGGAUCCAUCCUUCAUUCUUCAUCUUCCUUGUUUUAUCUUCUUCCUUCCCUCUGUUCUUGGAUGCUACACUUCCAUCUUCAACUUCGGAGAUUCCCUUUCUGAUACCGGAAAUCUCUAUUUCACCUGUUCUUCUCCCAAUCCUUCCCAUGCUUGCUUCUUUCCUUACGGCGAGACCUUCUUCCAUCUUCCCACUGGCCGAUUCUCCAACGGCCGUCUCGUUCUCGAUUUCUUUGCCAUGUCCUUGGGGCUUCCACCGGUACAACCAUAUCGGAGUGUGGAACAGGGGUUUACCGCUGAGGAUUUUCAGAAGGGCUUGAAUUUCGCGGUUGGUGGAGCAACUGCACUCGAUUUGUCGUUUUUUCAACAAAGUGGAAUCAAUUUACCUCGUGCCGUCGAUUCCCUCAGGAUCCAAUUCAAUUCCUUCAACCAAUCUUACUCUUCCAUUUGCGCCUCUUCCCCUCCAAAGUGUAAGGAUACCUUGAAAAGUUCGGUAUUCAUCGUGGGAGAAAUAGGAGGAAAUGAUUACGCUUACUUCCUCUACGAUAAACGCAUUGAAGAAUUGAAGUCUCUUGUUCUAUUGGUGAUCAACGAAAUUGCUUCAGUCAUCCUGGAAUUGAUUGAGUUAGGUGUUGAGACUUUGAUGGUUCCAUCAAACAUUCCCAUGGGGUGUAUUCCAGUACUUAUUCAAUUGUAUAAGACAUCGGAUGACAGCCAAUUUGACCCUCAAAAUGGUUGUUUGAAAUGGUUGAAUAAAUUUUCUGAGUACCAUAAUCAACAACUCCAACAACAACUCAAACGAAUUCGAGUUCUCCACCCUCAUGUCCAUCUCAUAUAUGUAGAUUAUUUUAAUGCUGCUAUGCGUAUCUACAAUGCUCCAAAAGAUUUCGGAUUGAUAGAGCCGCUGCAAGUUUGUUGUGUGGACAAGAAUGGAUCAUACUCCAUUCCAACGCCAUGUGGAACGGCAGGGACAAUUGUGUGUGAUGACCCCUCCAAAUAUGUUAGUUGGGAUGGGAUUCAUUUAACAGAAGCAGCUUAUGAAUUGAUGGCGACUAGCAUAGUAAACGGUUCAUUCACCUUUCCUCAAUUCAGUCUUUCAUGUCUUCAGCGAAAUACCUCAUCCCAGUUGCUUCAGUUGCAAUAACUUUCUAUCUUUUCCCGUCUAUGGAGGAGUGCGUAGCUAGAGUUUUAAUUUGUUUCUAUAUAUGCUUUUCGAGUUUAUUAAUCAUGUGUUUGAUAGAUUAUGUGGUUUCAAAUUUAUAUCUAGUAGGCAAAAUGUUAAAUUAAUGUUAUAAUAUAUAUAUAUUUGCAUUUAAUUGGUCA